AUGACAGGAAAGGCUAAGCCUAAGAAGCACACGGCGAAGGAGAUCGCUUCGAAAGUAGAUGCGGCGACAACAAACAGAGGAGGAGGGAAAGCAGGGGUUGCAGACAGGACAGGACAAGAGAAAGGGGGUCAUGCCAAAUAUGAGUGUCCGCAUUGCAAGAUCACAGCUCCAGAUAUCAAAACUAUGCAGAUCCAUCAUGAUGCUCGACACCCGAAGCUCCCUUUUGAGGAAGAGAAGCUUUCCAAUCUUCAUGCCACUCACGCUGCUGAUUCUUCCAAACCUCGUCCUGGUGUUCGAGGCAGCCUCAAGAAGCAUUCUCAAGAGAAUAUGGACUUUCUUGAUGCUCAUAAUGUUAAGCUCUUCCUGCUUGGAAUGGAAGGCAAGAUGUGUUCUCGUGGGGCGAAAUGGAGGACCACUAACUUGAGGUUUAUUGAGACCGUCGAAGUGAUAUGUCCGAGGCAGUGUCUUAACAGCAUCAUCUACCAGUAUCAAGGAUAUGGUUCAAACAAGAGGAGGUUACUUUACCGUGAAGAGAUUAUACAGAAGCCUAAAUAA